GCGCGCUCGAAGCUCGGCGCUUCCUGUUCCGGCGCCAGGAGGAGUCGCGCGCUGCUGGUGCUGCUGCCGCCCCCCGUCUCCGUCGCCGCUGCCGUCGGUCGGGCUGCGCUCAGUUCUUCAGCGCUCAGUUCCCUCGGACCCAUUGCCGCUUCUAGACCUUGCUGCGGGUUCGGAUCUUGCCGGGAAAAUGUCUGAUGAAUUUUCGUUGGCAGAUGCACUACCUGAACACUCCCCUGCCAAAACCUCUGCUGUGAGCAAUACAAAACCCGGCCAACCUCCUCAAGGCUGGCCAGGUUCCAACCCUUGGAAUAACCCAAGUGCUCCACCUUCUGUGCCAUCUGGACUCCCACCAAGUGCAACACCCUCCACUGUGCCUUUUGGACCAGCACCAACAGGAAUGUAUCCCUCUGUGCCUCCCACCGGACCACCUCCAGGACCCCCUGCACCCUUUCCUCCUUCUGGACCAUCAUGCCCCCCACCUGGUGGUCCUUAUCCAGCCCCAACUGUGCCAGGCCCUGGCCCCACAGGGCCAUAUCCUACACCAAAUAUGCCCUUUCCAGAGCUUCCGAGACCAUAUGGUGCGCCCACAGAUCCAGCUGCAGCUGGUCCUUUAGGUCCAUGGGGAUCCAUGUCUUCUGGACCUUGGGCACCAGGAAUGGGAGGGCAGUAUCCCACCCCUAACAUGCCAUAUCCAUCUCCAGGGCCGUAUCCCGCUCCUCCUCCUCCCCAGGCACCAGGGGCUGCACCACCUGUUCCGUGGGGCACUGUUCCACCAGGAGCCUGGGGACCACCAGCGCCAUAUCCUGCCCCUGCAGGAUCAUAUCCCACACCAGGACUCUAUCCCAGUCCCAAUAAUCCUUUUCAAGUGCCUUCAGGACCUUCCGGUGCUCCACCGAUGCCCGGUGGCCCCCAUUCUUACCAUUAAGUUAACAAUGGAUGAAGAGAUGACGCUUUGCUUUUUGAAGUACAUAUAUGUAUAUGCACUUGAAUGCAUAUAUAAAAAUUGCUGUUUCACUAUUCUUAGAGGGCAUUCAUGAAAGAACAACUCUUGCACCUCUCAGAAGAUAUCUGCCUCUUGUGCUUGGAUGUAUAGUACAUCUGAUGGAAACAAUCAGAUAAAAAUGUAAAAGUAAAUCAUUCAAAUGUGAUUUUUAUUCGGUUUUUAUGGAAAGCUAAUUAAGUAUAUUGAAUAGCUCUUUGAUACAAUUUGUUUAAAACAAACUUUCGAUUUGUUUAAAUUAUGAAACUAAAUACUUAUAUUAUCACUUUUUCCCCUAAAUAAACACACUUUGAAAACAA